CAGGUAUUAGAUCCUAUAGGUGUUGAGUAUCGAGGUAAAGCAAUUGGUAAAAGUCGAAGUCGUAAAGAGUUUUACGUUCAGGGACCAAACCAGGUAAUUUCUAUUGACGGUCAUGAUAAGUUAUCACGAUUUGGAUUUGAAAUAUAUGGUGCAAUAGAUGCCUAUUCAAGGUAUGUUGUUUGGUGCUAUGUUGGUAUUUCUAAUCGUACUGCUAUUUCAGUUAAUAAACAAUAUCUACGCUUUAUUCGAAGUACUCUGACUAUUCCACAAGUUAUUCGUUCUGAUAAAGGUAAAUAUCUUUUAAUUUUGCAUUAAAUACUCUAUAUUAUUUUUAUACGAAAACUUUAACAAAAAAACUAAUCUUAUAAUUAUUUAUAGGCACUGAAACUGUUUUGCUUGCAGAGUCGCAUCUUUUACUUCGUCGCACAAAUCAUCCAAAUCUUCCAUUUUCGCAUGCCUAUUCUUAUGGAAAAUCUACUAAGAAUCAAAGAAUUGAAGCAUGGUGGAAUAUUUUAACCGAAGGAUAAACACAGGAAUGGAAGAUUUAUUUUGCACGACUCGAAAGUGAGGGAUUAUUUGAUGGCAGUGAUAUUGAUAAAUCCUGUCUUCAAUUCAUUUAUAUGGAAAUUAUUCGCUCUCAUAUUCACAACUUUGUAGAGGUACAUAACUCACAUUCAAUUAGGAAGCAAUCUAAACGAGACCAUUAUCUUCCAACUGGAAAGCCCUUUGAAAUGUACUUUUAUCCGCUUAACGCAAAAGAUUACCAGGAAUCUGUGGAUGAAACUAUUUUAUCAACUUUGGAGUCCGAGGUUGAGGCAUAUGAUCUCGAUCCCUAUUUACCUCCUGAAACUAUUUCUUUCUACUCCACUCUUCUUCUU